ACUAUACGUCAAUAACAAUUUAGCAAUAAAUAAAUAAUCUCAAUGACUAAUGAUAAACUGUAAUCUUAUUAAAUAAUAUUUAUAAAAAUUAUUGAAAAAAAAUAUUAUACAGUAUUAUAUAAAUGUAGAAUGAAUUUUAGACAGUGUUGAACUGUGUGUGGAAUUACAAGGCAUCAAAAAUAAAUCACCUUGACUUAAAAAUAAUUUCUAAUCAACAUUUUCAUUUGCUUAAGUUUACACAGGUGUUGGUGUCAUUGUUAUCGAGGUCAUGGCAUGUUACUUAACAAAAAAAUUAAUAAAUAAUUAUUUAUUAAAAAGAUCAUUCCAAAUAAAUUUUAUUUCAACAUGUGAUGCAAAUGUUGACAUGAAAAAUAUCAAUAGUCCAAUUGAAGUGUUAAAAAAUAGAAUAAAAAAUGGACAACUUAUUGAGGAUGAAUAUCAAAUGCGUGUUGUACAAAAUUUACAAAAUGUUUAUGAUGACAUUAAUGGAUAUAAACCAGAAAAACCAAGUUUUUUAAAUAAAUUAAUUGGUAAAGAAAAAAAGAAAAAAAAACCACCAAAAGGUUUGUAUUUGUAUGGUGCUGUUGGUGGUGGAAAAACCAUGUUGAUGGAUCUUUUUUAUGAUUGUUGUAAGAUUGAGAAAAAGGAACGUGUACAUUUUCAUUCAUUUAUGCUAGAUGUACAUAGUAAAAUUCAUCAAGUUAAAAAAACAAUAAAACGUGAUUAUAGUAGUACAAAACUUCAGCCAUUUGAUCCAAUACCACCAGUUGCUGAUAUGAUUAUUGAAAAAUCAUGGCUAUUAUGUUUUGAUGAAUUUCAGGUAACUGAUGUUGCUGAUGCAAUGAUAUUAAAACGACUAUUUACUGAAUUAUUUAAUCGUGGAAUUAUUGUUGUUGCAACAAGUAAUAGAGCUCCUGAUGAUUUAUACAAAAGUGGAUUACAAAGAGGAAAUUUUAUUCCAUUUAUACAAGUGCUAAAAGAUUAUUGUUCAGUUGUAUCACUUGAUUCAGGAAUUGAUUAUAGAUUAAAAAUUGGACAAGGUAAAAAUCGUUGUUAUUUUAUCAAAGGACAAGAUCCAGAUGAUUCAGUUGAUACAAUAUUUAAAUAUUUAUGUUCAAUGGAAAAUGAUACUAUUAGACCAAAAACAUUAACAAUUAAAGGACGAAAUGUAUCAUUUAAUAAAACUUGUGGACAAGUUAUUGAUGCAACAUUUCAAGAACUUUGUGACAGACCACUUGGUGCAAGUGAUUACCUCGAAAUGUCACAAGCAUUUCAUACAAUUAUUAUAAGAGAUGUGCCACAACUUAAUUUACGAUUAAAGUCACAAGCAAGAAGAUUCAUAACACUUAUUGAUACAUUGUAUGAUAACAAAGUAAGAGUUGUUAUAUCAGCAGUUGGUCCAUUCAAUAAAUUAUUUAUUGCUGAAGGUGAUUCUGAAUACACUGAUGAAAAAAGAAUGCUCAUGGAUGAUUUAGCCAUUUGUCAUGGUUCAGAUAAUCAUAAUUCCAAUAUAUUCACUGGUGAAGAAGAAUUAUUUGCAUUUGAUAGAACUGUUUCACGUCUAUCUGAGAUGCAAACUAAAGAAUAUUGGGAUCAAUGGGAACAUCACAGAUAAUAAUUAUCAACUUUAGAAUGGAAAAUUAAUUUAAAUUAAUACAUACGUAGUAAAAACCACCUCGAAAGUCUUUUUUUUUUUUUUUUUGGUAUUUUUUGUAUUUAUACAAAAAACGAAAAACAAGAUUAUAAUUUAUAUUAUUUAUUUGAAAUUGUGAUGAAAUAUUUAUCAUGAUUAUUGAUGAUUUACUUAAAUAUAAUAUUUAUCACGAUUUUUAUUUUUUGAGUUAAUUAUUUACAAUAUUAUUUUGUUUAUAUUAAAUUUAUUUCAAGGAAAUAUUUUAUGAUAUCUAUUACUAGUUGCAUCACUUUGAUUCACUGACAAAUUUAAUUGACUAACGACGUAUUUAUUACGUCACAUUAAUGAUACACACUGAGGAGAAAAAAAGAAGGAAAAAAAAAAAAAACUAAUUCCAUCAAUUUAUAAUGAGCAUAAAAAUAAUUUGAAUUUUGUUGUUGUUUAUUUUUUAUCUUGAUUAAUAAUUAUUAUUAUUAAAAAAUAAACUCAACGAUAUAAAAAUACAUGUAGCUGUAAAAACAAUUUGAUAAGUGUGUUAGAGUUGAGAUAACAGAUAAAAAAAAAAAAUUAAAAAAUGGAGAAACAAAGUAGAGUUUACAG